GGCAGACCAUUUCGCAGCUUUGAACAUAAAAGUCAGAUCAACAUACAUCCGCCACAUGCUCACACCAUUCCAACACUACAUACAAUCAUGCUUCUCACGGUCCUCACCGCUGCGAGCUACCUCAUCUCCGCCCUCCUCCUGUACUCCGGCACCGUCGGCGUUCUCUGGCCCCUGCACACCGCACGCACCCUCUUUGCCGUCCCCAACGCGACCCCCGACACCGCAACUUUUUACCCGGGUCUCGCAGGCCGCAAUGUGACCUGCGGCCUCGCAAUCCUCACGCUGCUGUUGCAGGGCCAGAAGCAGGCUGCGGGCGUUGUGGUGGUGUGUUUGUUGUGCAAUGGGGCGAGUGACUGUCUCGUGUUGGUUCGGAGGGAGGGAGGAGAGAGGCUGGAGGUACAUGUGUUUAAUAUGUUCCUUGUAGGGGCAGUUGGAACGGGUCUUGUAUUUCUGGCAUAGGGAACUGAGGGAUACGAAGUCGGUGGCUUAUGAGGUCUGUGGUGGGUGUGGGUGGUUGCAGGAGAAUAUUAAGUGGGCGGUUCAGGUUGCGGUGGAUGAUAUUGGAGCGACGGGCUAGAACCCUGAGAGAAAAUGAG